CUGAUCACAUAGACGAAAAAACAGCAGUAGAGGCUUUCUUAGUGCCUAGAAACGUCCAAGCCCAUGGUAAGCCAUCAUGAUUCCUAUAACAGAGUUGCGUUAUUUCGCCGAGACACAGCCAGCGUAUCGAAUCCUGAAGCCAUGGUGGGACGUCUUCACCGACUACAUCUCCAUCGUCAUGCUGAUGAUCGCUGUGUUCGGGGGCACGCUCCAGGUGACUCAGGACAAGAUGAUCUGCUUGCCAUGCAAGUGGGUGGUGGACGGCCGGUGCCAGCCUCUGAACUUCAGCUUAAACACCAGCGCGCCGCGUCCCGAGCCGCGCGGCAUCCAGUACGAGCUGGACCGCCAUCAGUACAACUACGUGGAUGCAGUGUGUUACGAGCAGAGGCUGCACUGGUUUGCCAAGUACUUCCCGUACCUGGUGCUUCUGCACACACUGGUCUUACUGGCAUGCAGUAACUUCUGGUUUAAGUUUCCACGCACCAGCUCCAAGCUCGAGCACUUCGUCUCCAUCCUGCUCAAGUGCUUCGACUCGCCGUGGACCACGCGCGCCCUGUCCGAGACCGUAGCCGAGGAAAACGACGCCAAACCGGCAGGCAAGAGCGACGACGCCUGCGAUUCCAACGACAGGAAGAAGGCGUCCAGCGUGAGCGAUCAGGACGUGGAGGCCAGCGUGCCCAUGCUGCAGAGAACCAAGUCACGCAUCGAGCAGGGCAUCGUGGAUCGAUCGGACACUGGCGUGCUGGACAAGAAGGAGGGCGAGCAGGCCAAGGCUCUGUUCGAAAAGGUGAAGAAAUUCCGCAUCCACGUGGAGGAGGGCGACAUUGUGUACCGCCUCUACAUCAGCCAGACCAUCAUCAAAGUCAUCAAGUUCGUUCUAAUCAUCAGCUACACCGCCUACUAUGUGCAGUUCAUCACCUUCAACGUGGCGUGCUCCGUGGACAUCCAGCGCCUCACGGGCUACUGGAUGUACUACUGCGCUCAUCCGCUGGCCACGCUCUUCAAAAUCCUGGCCUGGUUCUACAUCUCGCUGGUGGUCAUCUACGGCCUGAUCUGCAUGUACACCCUGUGCUGGAUGCUGGGCCGCUCGCUCAAGCACUACUCGUUCGAGUCGAUCCGCGAGGAGAGCAGCUACAGCGACAUACCCGACGUGAAGAACGACUUCGCCUUCAUGCUGCACAUGAUCGACCAGUACGACCCCCUGUACUCCAAACGCUUCGCGGUGUUCCUGUCCGAGGUGAGCGAGAACAAGCUGCGGCAGCUCAACCUCAACAACGAGUGGACUCUGGAGAAGCUGCGCCAGAGGAUCACCAAGAACUCUCAGGAAAAGCUGGAGCUGCACCUAUUCAUGCUGAGUGGCAUUCCGGAUACUGUGUUCGACUUGACUGAGCUUGAGGUGCUGAAAUUAGAGCUAAUCCCAGACGUCACCAUCCCACCCAUCAUCGCUCAGCUGUCCAACCUGAGGGAGCUGUGGCUGUACCACACGCCUGCCAGGAUCGAGGCGCCCGCCCUGGCCUUCCUGCGUGAGAACCUCAAAUCUCUGCACAUCAAGUUCACGGACAUCAAGGAGAUUCCGCUGUGGAUAUACAGCCUGAAGAACCUGACCGAGCUUCACCUGACCGGCAACCUGAGCGCGGAGAACAACCGCUUCAUCGUGAUCGAUGGCUUACGGGAACUCAAGAGGCUCAAGGUGCUGCGACUGAAGAGCAACCUCACCAAGCUGCCUCAGGUGGUGACGGACGUGGGCGUGCACCUGCAGAAGCUCUCCAUCAAUAACGAAGGCACCAAGCUGAUGGUGCUGAACAGCCUGAAGAAGAUGGUGAACCUGACCGAGCUGGAGCUGCUGCGCUGUGACCUGGAGCGCAUCCCACAUUCCAUCUUCAGCCUCCAUAAUCUGCAGGAGAUCGACCUGAAGGACAACAACCUGAAGACCAUCGAGGAGAUCAUCAGCUUCCAGCAUCUGCACCGCCUGGUGUGUCUGAAGCUCUGGUACAAUCAGAUCGCUUACAUCCCCAUCCAGAUCGGCACCCUCAUCAACCUGGAGCGUCUGUACCUGAACCGCAACAAGAUCGACAAGAUCCCCAGCCAGCUGUUCUUCUGCCGAAAGCUGCGCUACCUGGACCUGAGUCACAACAACCUGAGCAGUAUCCAUCCUGACAUCGGUCAGCUGCAGAACCUGCAGUACUUCGCCGUUACAGCAAACAGGAUCGAGACGUUACCUCCAGAGCUGUUCCAGUGCAAGAAGCUGCGAACCCUGAACCUGGGGAACAACUGCCUGACUGCGUUACCCUCGCGGUUCGGCGAGCUGACCGCCUUGACACAGCUGGAGCUGCGCGGCAAUCGACUGGAAGGCCUCCCGGUGGAGCUGAGCGAGUGCCGCAUGCUCAAGCGCUCGGGCCUCGUGGUGGAGGAAGAGCUCUUCAAAACACUUCCGACAGAGGUCAAGGAGCAGCUGUGGCGUGCCGACAAGGAACAAGCCUAAGACAGGAAUAAGGAGAAAGUAGGAGAGAAGGAGAGAUCAGGUAAAUGAGAAAGCUGAGAAAGCUGAGAAAACAGACAAACAUUUUUUUAGAAAUUUUUUUUAUUAUUAUUGUUUUUGUAUAUUGAGUGGAAAGUUGAUAUAAGGUUGAUCCUUAAGCCUAAUGCUGCCAAAUGCAGAAAAAAGUGAGACGAGUUCUCCUGUCCACACACACACACACACACACACACACACAUGCCAGUACAUGCAAAUUACAAGCUAAGCUGCAUGCAAACUCUACGCUAAAGUCUUUAAAGCCAGACGGAAAGCAAAGCUACACAAUCAGAGCUCUCUAGAAAAACACUCCGGCUCAUCUGAGCAGACUUAAACAGACUUUUCUUUUUGUUUUUUACGUUUGUUGAAUGCAAUCGAACCGUGGCCAAAACCAAAAGGAGCGAUGACGCAGCCUGAUGAGGUUAUAAACACUGUCACAGAGACGGCAGUUGCACACUAACAGCCUUAAUUCCUAAAAUGCCUGAGAACAUGAUUCAUUUUUAGUUUUAUCAUUCUGCCAAAAGAAAGGAUGAAUACAAACUGAUGUAUGAUUGUAUGAACCAAUUCUGUGCAUUAAUGUUUCUUUUAUUACUAAUAACAGUAUGGUUCAAAGGUUUUUUGUACCAUUUUUUAAAGUCCAGGAAUUACAAUAAAUUUCUCUGGAAAUGA